AUGACAGAAGCAAAAAAAAGUUCUAAUCCUCCAAAACAGCCAGAGAAAAGAACGAAAAAGAGAGAUAAGAAAUGCAGUCAUUUGUAUUUUCAGGAAAAAAGUUUAAAAGAAGUGCCAAAAUUAUCUGCUUCCAAAGAUGUAAAUGUGAUAUAUUUAUUCACCAACGACAUCACUAAAAUAGACAAUUUAGGCGGAAAUAUUUUUCCCAACCUCACAAGUCUUUACCUACAAAACAAUCGUAUUUCCAAACUGGAAAAUUUAAAUUUAAGAAAUUUAAGGAAAUUAUAUAUUGGCUACAAUUGUAUAUCUGUCGUCGAAGGUUUGGAAAGUUUGUUAAGUUUGGAGGAGCUACAUAUCGAGAAACAGAAUCUACCAGAUGGGAUUGCUCUGUGCUUUGAUCCAAGAAGCAUAGCUAGUUUAUCCAAAACAUUGCAAAUACUGAAUAUAUCUCAGAACAAGAUCCCAUCCUUCUCGAAUUUAUCAUCAUUUACUGAGAUGAUCUCCAUUGACGCUUCAAACUGUGGUUUGGAUGAUUUAGAAGAAGUUUGUGGUACUAUCAAAAACUGGCAUUACCUAAGCAAAGCGAGUUUUCAAGGCAAUCUCUUUGAUAAAAACCAUAGAUACAGAGAAGAUAUUAUUGUCAGUUGUUAUUACUUAGGUUUGCCAAAUAACUAUACACCAGCGGUUCAGAAAGCAGUAUCUACAUCUAUUUUAAAAGGAAAAAAGUAUAACCCUCUUAACAUAUCCACAAUAAGUGAGACGGAGGAAAAUAAUCACAUCGCAUGGUCUAGCUUACCACAAAGGAGACCUAUGGCAAGACAUUCAAAGACUAAAUCCAUUAAUAUAGUGGACCACUCUGUUAUAAUCAAUAAAUUUCCGUAAUCAAUAUAAAUCUUUUCCUUUUUAAAUAGAAAAUAUAA